UAGCGAGUCCGGGGUGGUGUUCUGACAGGCCCGAGUCGCACGGCACCCAUGGUUCGGAUCGUACUCGAGCAUCUUGACGUCAGCAUGUGAAGCGCCAAAGCCAACCUCAUCCAUUCCCAUAAAGAGAGUCCAGGGUGACUGACAGCGUGACUUUCCCAGCCCAUCACAACCAACAACAACUAUUCCAGAUAACCCAGAGCAUAUCAGCCUCACAAUCCCCAAGCACAACUCAUUCAAGACAAACCAACCGUCUACCUACAAUGUGGCGCCUAACCACCAAAACCCAAGCCUCCCGCCCUCUCCUCCUCCCCAGGGGAUUAGGCCGUCAACCCCAAACCCCAUCCCACCUCCCUCUCCUCUACAAACCACCAUCAAAGCGAUCCCCCCACACCAACACCCACACCAACACCACCACCAACCCCACCAGCCCCAACCCAGCCCCGACCCCCUCCUCCUCCUACCUCACGAGCCACCACCGCAACCGCCACCCGGAAUCCGACCUGGACCGCCACCUCCUGCGGCCGGAGUCCUACGAGACGUCCAAAAGCGGCACCGACGACGCAGCCGCCCACCACCCGUGGUCGUUCGACCCGACCAUCACCGACCCGGCGCUGGAGGUGCUGGCCUCGGACGCCGAGUGCGCGCUGGACGACUACCGCGAGGACGACCCGCUGUACGUCAGCCCCGGCAACACGGAGGUCAGCCGGUUUCUGGACCCGAUGGCCGGCGGCGCGGCGCACAACGCGGCCAAGCCGGGGUGUUCGGGGAUGGGGUGGACGCGCAAGGCGCAUGUGUUUCGGGUGCGGACGCAGCCCGGCGAGACGGGCUGGGGGAAGGGGUUCGAGCGGUACGAGCGGGUUUUGCGGGAGGUGAGGGGCCGGAAGAAGGGGGGUGUUGGUGCUGAGGGGGAAGGUGCUGGUGCUGGUGCUGGGACAGAGGGGAAGCGGGGGAAGGGGUGA